CGAAUCAUUUAAACUGUAGAGUACUUAAUUUUACAUCUUAGACAAUUUUAGGCUUAAUAUUUACACUACUAAUUUCACAACAUGGAACUGGUCAAGUCGAUUCUUCUGCUCCACCUCAAUUUAUUUAUAGUUGGAGUAGUCAGCAAACCAACCGAACUAACGGACCAUUCAUCUGAUCUUUAUAAUGCAGGGAGAACAAUUACAAGAAACCUUGGAAAUCCUUGGGAAAUGAGUGGACAGUACCAAGGGGACAUAAAGCUAAGCGAAGGAAUCAAAGGUCGUAACGUUUUAAGGGAUGGACUAUGGCCAAAUGGAAUAAUUCCUUACUUUAUAGAAGAAGGAUUUACUGAACUAGAGCACGUAUUGAUUUUAAAUGCCAUGGCGACAUGGGAAGGAAUUCUGUCUCCACGCCAUAUCAACGAUGGAUCUUGCCAGAUAAAGUUUGUGCCUAUAAAUGAAGGACAGUUCAGCGAUUACGUGUAUAUAUUCAAGGGUCCCGAUAAUGAAUGCUGGUCUCACAUUGGACCCGCUGGUGGAGAACAACGCCUCAGUUUGGGGCAGAACUGCUUGUACAUGGGAACUAUCCUUCACGAACUUGGUCACACAUUGGGUAUGGCUCAUCAACAUGCAGCCCACAACAGGGACAACUAUGUGGAGAUUGUGUGGUCUAACAUCAUUCCAAACCAAACUCAUAACUUUGAGAAGAAAAGGUUCGUGGAUCACACAGACUUUGGCCUUGGAUAUGACUAUGACAGCAUUAUGCACUAUUCUUCGAUUGCGUUUGCAAAACAAAACGAGAAUGGAUUCCCUGUUGGUCCAACAAUGGUGUCUAAGAAUCAACAUAAAGAACUCCCAGGAUACGAUAUUAUUAGAGGAAGUCUAAGUAGAAUUGACAAGCUUAAGGUGGAGCUUAUGUAUUGCAAAUCAGCAACAGCGGUAAAUGCAGAUGGUAGUUUUAGCAGACUGUAUGCCUUACAAUGACAUUAAAACACGUUAGAUGGACAGGCACCAUUCGGAGACUCAGUUGUAUGUAAUUAAUUAUUGGAAUUUUACAUCAAGUUUGUUGAAAAUUAAAAACUACGGAACUUUA